UGCUUUCCAAGAGAAUGAGAAUAUAUUUGUACUGAAUUUUACUACUAGUUUGGGCUGUUUUGUUCUAGCUUAACAAAGUUUUGAAAAUACUUUUAUAAACAAUAUGUUAUUAAAAAUAUAUGCAAUUUUUUAUACCAUCCUUAUUGGGCAAUGUGCGUUAGAGCCGUUUAAAAAUGAACAAAUUUCUGAAUAUAUUCGAAAGUGCUGCAUUAAUGGACUCCGUCAAGCACGCUUAACAGCCUCUUGUUCGGACCAUGACAUAUCACCUUUCAUAACACCACAACUUUGGUUAGGAUUAUGUCACUCAACAUUUGAAGUAUGCUGUUCCCUUGCACUUGACCACCAAAACUGCGAUCUUGGUCGAUUGGCAGCAUUAGAGGGAACUCGCUGCGACGUAGGUGAAAAUAUUACAUCUAAAGCGUUUACCAUAUGCUGUAGAUCAUGCCAAAUUGGAUUGGCAGUAAAAGCAAGUAAAGUUAACUGUAAGGAUCCCUUGUUUUCUUUUCUUUCUUCGAUGGACGCAUAUAAAGCUUGCUGUUAUGAAGAUGACUUAAAUAUUCAAGCUGAAACGGAAAAAAACUUUUUAUAUACCCAUGAUAAUAUUGGUGCUUCCGAAAAAAAAAUUAACUCUGCAGAUCACGUAGAUGGAACUAUUAUUUUAUCUGAUGACGACGACAUUUGUGGAAAAAUUCCUAAUCUGUGCGCUCAGAUAUGCGAAAACACCUUUGAUGCCUAUAAAUGUAAGUGUCAUUUGGGUUAUAAGUUGGAUUCUAACAAUGUUACGUGUUCACCGGAUACCAACCAAACAUGUCCUAGCGGAUUCAAUUUUGAUGAGCUUAGAGAAAAAUGCAUUGACAUCGAUGAAUGUAGGGAGCAAAUUCAUGAGUGUGGGACAAGUCAGUAUUGCUACAAUACUAUAGGAAGCUAUCACUGCCUAAAUGUUAAAAAUGCGGACUGCCAUAACAGUGACCUAAAUAAUUGUGAAGAAAAAGAGAUUUGCAAUGAGUGCAAUAAUAAUAAGCAAUCGAAUCGGAUAAAGAAAAAAUGCGAAGAUGGCUAUGUAUUUCAAAACGGCAGUUGUACAGAUAUUGAUGAAUGCUCUAAGAACACAACAUACAGCUGCAGUGGCAUGCACCAGGAAUGCGUAAACUCGUUGGGUAAUUACUCAUGCCAAUGCCUAUCGGGCUUUAAAUUAGAUUCCACAUUAAACGAAUGCAUUGACAUAAAUGAGUGUUCCAUCAACAACCAUAAUUGCCUGCCAACUCAAAGAUGUGAUAACACAAUUGGGUCGUAUAUAUGCACGCGUCUUCAAAGUUGCGGAACUGGAUAUACACUCAAUGCGGAAACAAUGAAUUGUGAUGAUGAUGAUGAAUGCACUCUUAAUACUCAUAACUGCCCUUCAAAAUAUGACUGCUACAAUACCAAAGGAUCGUUUCGUUGUUACAGAAAAACUUCAACAUCGACUACAACUACGACUAGGCCAAGGAUCUCAAAUCUUAUACCAAGCAGUAAUUACUCAAAAUAUCCUGACCAAAAUACUGAAAAUACUGACUUAAAAAUUUCUUGCUCAUCUGGAUUUCAUAGGAAUGAUUUUGGCGCAUGUGUCGACACAGAUGAAUGUCAAACCAAUAACCCAUGUAGAAGUCAUGAGCGUUGCAUUAAUACAAAUGGAAAUUACCGCUGCGAGAUCCUUUUAAAGUGUCGAGGAGGAUACAAAUCUACAUCAGAUGGAAAAUCUUGUAUAGAUAUUGAUGAAUGCGAGACUGGUGAACACAAUUGUGGCGAAGGACAAAUUUGUCGCAAUCGGAAUGGUGGAUAUGUAUGCGAGUGUCCCUUGGGGCAUGAACUUAAAACACUGAGCAACGGAAGUAAAAGCUGUUUAGAUAUAAAUGAAUGUUCACUGGAUCACCGCUUAUGUCCGUCGAAUGCAUACUGCUUUAAUACUAUAGGGUCAUAUUAUUGCGAGUGCAAACCUGGGUUUGAAAAAAAAAUGUCAAAUAAAAAUAACUUUAACACUGUUUGUUUUGAUAUCGAUGAGUGUAAGGUUAUUCCGGGUCUUUGUCAACAAAAAUGUGUCAACUUCUGGGGCGGUUAUCGGUGCACAUGUAAUUCAGGUUACCAAAUAGGUCUCGACAACCGAACAUGCGUUGACAUAAAUGAAUGCGAAGCUCAUAAGGAUUAUAAGUUAUGCAUGGGAUCCUGCAUGAAUACUCCAGGAUCAUUUCAAUGCUCCUGCCCUCGAGGAUACACCUUGUCAACAGACUUCAGCACAUGCCGUGAUAUAGAUGAGUGUGCCAGCGACCAUGUAUGCACAGGACGGAACGACAUCUGCACUAACACACGUGGAAGCUAUAAAUGUACUACUGUUAAUUGCCCCAAUGGAUACUCCAUUGAUUCUGAACAGAAAAACCGGUGCAGACAAAGUAGUAUCACCUGUGAGGAAGAGGAUUGCUAUUCAAAACCAUCAGCUUAUACAUAUAAUUUUAUUACCUUCGUUUCAAAACUGAUUAUUGCACCAGAAGGUCGAGUUAUCUUUACACUAAGGGGCCCCCUUUGGUACGACAACAUUGACUUCGAUCUUAAAAUUGUUCGAGUGCAAGCUCCUGCAAUUAUUGAAAGAGCAAAUGAAAGGAAUUUUGAAAUAAUAAAAAAUAACAACCAAGCUAAUCUUAUGCUAAAAAAAAGCCUGGAGGGACCCCAAGAUAUCGAAAUCGAGUUGUGUAUGACAGUGUUUACCAACGGAAUGCCCCGAGGAAAGAGUAUUGCAAAGUUGUUUCUAUUUGUGUCGCAACACCAAUUUUAAGUGCGAAAUUUAUUUUAAUUAAGCGUAAUUGCUAUUGAACCAAUAAAGUUGCUUGAAACAUUUA